AUGACUCGUACUUUUUUUCACAAAUUACUAACAUACGUAUCUUCUGAAGAUGAUAGCGAUGUUGUUCUUAAUGACGAGGCCGAUAGACAGUCAUCGAGGCAUCAUGGCAAUCGCCAACGUCGUAAGUUUAUUCGGCGUGAUCAUAUUCAAGGACACGAGUGCCUAUUUUGCAGUUAUUUUACAGAAAAUCCAAUAUAUCCCUCGAAUCUAUUUCGAAUGAGAUUUCGGAUGAGCCAUCCCCUAUUUCUCCAUAUUCUAAAUGAGGUAGAGUUUUACGAGCCGUUCUUCAUCCAGAAAAGAGAUAAUGCCGAAAGACUCAGUUUAUCUUCUAUGCAAAAGAUAAUUGCAGCACUUAGAAUACUGGCAUAUGAGAUUACUGGGGAUUUUAUGGAUGAAUACAUACGUAUUGGUGAAAACACUGUAAUGGAGAGCCUCAAGAAAUUUUCUAAGACAAUAGUAAGUGUGUUUUUAGAUGAAUAUCUACGGUCUCCAAAUUUCAGUGAUAUUGCCUGA